AUGUAUAACGCAAAAAUGAAUCCGCAAUGUUCUAAAUGUAAAGCAGCAAUGAGGAAAUAUAACUACUCCGUCAAAGAGAUAGAACGUAUGAGAAACGACUAUGCAGACUUAAAGAAAGAAGCAGAAAAACCAGCAGAAAAUAAAAUGGACCUGUUAGCAUUUCUGAAUAAAAACUAUCCAACUGCUGACGAUUUCCUUCUAUCUGACGUCAAGAAGAAGUAUAAAGAAACCUUCGGCAUUGUUAAAAUUUUUGAUCUCCUCAGCGAAGAAAUAGAAGCUACAAAACUGUUUAGAAUCUCACGAAUUCAUAACGUUUACCAUGUAAAACGGUUAUAA